AUGUUAUGCUUCGGUUGGCUUCCUGAUCGAUUCGGGCGCAAGACCGUCAUCAUCGCUGCAUUGCUGCUGCAAGGUAUUACUGGAAUUCUGUCUUCGCAAAUCAUGAACAUGAAUGUGAUUCUCAUAUUCCGAACUUUGACGGCCAUUGGAAGUGCUCUCUCUUUCAAUCCAUCAGUUGUGUUCGGAGCUGAAAUUUCGUCAAUGAAAAACAGAACUAAUGCCACCAUAGCAAUUCAGUUUUAUUUCACUUCCGGAUACUUUAUACUUAGCUUAUUGACGUAUUAUAUACGAACCUGGAAGCUGAUCGUUCUACUGAUUUCUAUACCCUCAAUAGCAACUGGAUUACUUUUCAUUUGGUUAUUACCAGAAUCCCCACGUUGGCUACUAACUGUAAAAAAAGAAAAGGAAGCAGAAAUAAUUCUGAAUAAAAUGGCCAAAGUUAACAAGAGAGAUUUCAGUUACAAAUCCGAUAAACUAGAAAUAUCGGUGAUCGAAGAUCGGACUGUCAGGUUAUGGAAAAUAUUUACAAUUCCAGAAUUUCGAAAACGGUCCCUUAUCCUUAUGUUCAAUUGGUUUGUGGUGAGUUUUGCCUAUUACGUAUUGGUGAUAAACACUGAAAAUCUAAGCGGAAACAUCUUUUUGAAUUUCUUCUUUGGUGCUCUCGUGGAAAUCCCUGCUUUUGUAUUGUGUAUAUUUUUAUUGAACCGAAUCGGAAGAAAGAAUUUGUACAUUGCCUUCAUAGUAACUGGAGGAAUUUGCGGAAUCGUGACAAUUUUUCCAUUCAUCUACGCUCCCGAUGAUUUACAAUGGACGUCAACAGUAUUAGCUAUCAUAAGCAGAUUGUGUAUUACUGGUAACUAUGGGAUCAUCUACGUACAUACCUGUGAAUUGUUCCCCACCUGUGCGAGAAACGGAGCAGUAGGAUACCUCGCUAGUUUUGCCACAUUAGGGGGUGUCAUAGCCCCCUACGUAGUGAUGAUACGUACACUUGCAGCUGGAAGAUUGGGUGACAGUUUACCAUUGUUGACGAUGGGGUUUGCCUGCAUUUUAGCUGGUGUUUCGUAUUUCUUCCUUCCUGAAACCAACAACAGACCCAUAAUGGACAAUUUUGACGAUGUUUACACGCAAAACAUUGAGGCGAUGAGGUAA